AUGGAGAAAGCUUCUGAUCUUAACCAGUUGGAUGCUGAUGUUCUUUUACCACCUCGGAAGCGUCUUCUAGCUGGAUUGAAGAAACAGGGUUCAGAUAGUGAUGCUACUGCCUCCCCAUCUCCGAUUGCUGCUUCUUGUGUGACGGAUGUUGCUUCCCCCUCAUCCUCAUCCUUCUCAAUUGAAUUUGAGGCCCGGCUUAAGCAUUUGUUGAGUUGCCAUUCAGAUAACCCUAACCUUACAGCUGAGGAGGUAGUGGAGGCCUCAAAAGUGGCAGCAAUAGCUGCGACUAAAGCUGCAGAGGCUGCAAGAGCAGCAGCUGAAGAAAAGGCUGCAAUAGCUGCCAGAGCCGUAGCUGCAGCCAAGAGGGCUUUAGAUUUGGUUGCAUCUUUCUCUGAGGAGUCGGCAAGCAAGGAAAGAAAUCUGAAAAAGAACAAGUCAAAGAAGCAUCUCCCAGUUCAGCUGUUGUACAAAAAAAAUCAACCAAUUGAGAAUUGUAGGACAGAUGAAGAAUUAGCUCGAAAGUUACAUCGAGCUAUGAACAGUUCUCCGAGAAUCUCUAAGAAUUCUCCAAACUCAGAUUCUAAAGGUAGUAAACAUAAGAAGCCGAGAAGCUCUUCAAGUUUUGAAAUGACUGAGGGAUCUGAAUCUGGUGUGGCACUUGGACAAGAUUGCAUAUCUUUGAACAAUGAGCAUGCAGUAGGUGGCAAGAUUGAUUCUGAAGGAUCCAUCCAAGAGGUAUGCUCAAGUAAGAAAGAUAAGAAAGGGGUUAAAUGUUAUAGACCAAGCCAAUUAGAGAUAGAUAACGGGGAAGCAGAGUCGAGUCAGUUAAAAAGGAAAAAUUGUGAAGAUUCAUCUCCCAUAGGCAAGAAGAGAGGAAGGGUGAAGCUAAAAAAGUUACCCUUAAGCAUUUGCACCUCAAAAGAUAAGGCACUGCCAAAAGAAGAAAUAAGAGCCAGAAGUUCUCCAUUGACCGGAAUGAACACAGGCAAUAAUCCUGUUGAUAGUAUGCAUUUGUUUACAGUUGAGUCAUCCACUGACAGAGUGUUGCCUAUUGAGGCUACAUCAAUGUGGAAAUGCCAAGAUUUCAAGGCACCGGCUUGUAUCAAACAAAAUAAAGCUGUGCAGUCAUAA